GUACUCAAUCUCUUGUAAUUCAAAAAUUUAGUUCCACGCAGUGUUUGUAUUAAAGGGCAUCGGUUGUUUGCAUUAAAACAGCGGCACAACGCGGGAAAGAUAUCAAACAAACGUAUCAGCACGCAAAUAUUUUCAAGAAAAAAGCUUAAUAUUUUGAGGUUAGAUUUUCUAGUGGUGAAACAGAAGAUCGUGUACUUUGUGGCAAUAAACUAUCGUAUACCAUUGUCCGUGUUUGAUAAGAAAACAACAAGAAACCUUCUACGAGUAUUAAAACAUGGCGGACUAUUGGAAAUCCCAGGGUCGUAAAUUCUGCGAUUUCUGCAAGUGCUGGAUCGCCGACAAUAAACCUAGCAUUGAUUUCCACGAAGGUGGCAAGAAACACAAAGAGAAUGUCAGCAAGCGACUUAAAGAGAUACACAAAAAUAGCACCAAACAGGCGAAGCAGAAUAAAAAGAUCGAAGAAGAUAUUAAAAAGAUGGAAAGCGCAGCCAUGGCUGCUUACUUGAAAGACGUCGAGAACAACACCAGAGACAUGACCGCCGACAGGAUAAUCGAGGAGAAGAAGAAUAGGGUUGAAACGAAAGAGACGCCGAAUUACAAUCGUAUGCCGAUGGCCGCCCCAGAAACCGUGCCCAGGUUUAAAGGUAAAAGCUACCAGUUUUCUCAGGAGAUCGACCCGUGCGAUCCAACUUUGUCGCGAGGCGCGCCGGAACAUCAUCCCAGAAUUCAGCACAACAGAGCGGAGAACAAGACCCCGGGAAAGAGCAAAACGAACAAAGGGAAAGGUAAAGGGAAGAAAAGCCACGAGGACGAUCGUCCCUCGAAACCAGUCCAAAAAGUUUGGUACGAGGCUCGCAGUCCCGAAGGAUACACUUAUUAUUGGCACAUCGAGACCAACGAGUCCGUGUGGGAGCCACCAGCAGAGGGGUAUCUGACAUUCGCGGAACAAGAAGAAGAGGUAAAGGAGCAAGCUCUUCAGGAGACGUUGCUCGAGCAACUGGAGCAGGAAGAAGCGGUCGCGAACGCUGACAUUCUCGAAGAGAAACGGGCCAACGCCGAGAGGGAGCAUUUGAAGGAACUGAGAAAGCUCAGGGACACGCAACGACCGAGAAACGACGAAGCUGACGAUCAAGUAGAAACGACAGAGGAGGAGAACCGGCCGUACAGAAGAGACUAUAGCAUUCCGGAGAAAUCCCAUCCUUACGGUCCUUGGCAAACUGUUCGAAUCACGGAAACGAAACCGGUGGACUUGCAGCUGCCGCGGCACAAGCAAAUGCAGCUUCCGGUGUUCGGGAAAGCGGAGGCGCCGCCUCCCGUGCAGAGGACCUUCAAGGAAAAGACAGUGACGCAAGUCGACACAGGCGACAGCGACGAAGACAGUCGACCAGCGACGUUCAAGAAACGAAAAAUUGGCAACAAAAACGUACGGAAACGAUUGAACGAUGACUGAUAGCCAUAACGACGCG